GAGUCGUAGGUCGCGUGGGAUGGCGGUGCGGGAGAGCAAGAUCGAGUCCGUGGCGGAUCCCUGUCCCGUCAAUCCCCGUAGGAUCGGCCCGCAAAAUGUGGUGCUGCGCCUCAGGCGUAGGGAGACGAUGGGCUGCCCGUACCCGGGCACCCACGUACACUGCGCGAGGCAAUUCUAUCAGAAUGUCUUUCCCAACUUCACCGUGAUGAACGUGGAGAAACCGCCGUGUUUCCUGCGCAAGUUUAGCCCGGACGGGAGGUACUUGGUGGCGUUCAGCGCGGAUCAGACGUCGCUCGAGGUGUACGAGUACCGCGGAGCGCCGGCCGCCGCGGACUUGUUGGCCGACUGCGAAGGCGAGUACAUCGGCCACAAGAACGACGACUGUAGCUUUCACAUACGAAGUAAUAUCUUCGCGCGAUUUUUCAAGGUGAAGUGGAUUAUAAAUGUAGUAGAAAGCAACCAGCAAUUGAACAGAGAAUGCAGUCUAUUCACCGAUGACGCUCGAUACGUAAUCGUGGGCUCGGCCGCUCAUAUCCCUGAGGACUUGAGGCCCCACUUUUAUCAGAUUUACUCCAACAACGAGGCACUGACACCAAAUCCUAGAUCGCCGCUUGAAGAUUACAGCUUGCACCUAGUUGAUUUAAGGGGCGGAAAGCUGUGCGAUACUAGACAUUUUAAAGUCGACAAAAUUUAUCUGUCGCAUAAUCAAGGUCUGUAUUUAUACAAAGAUAUUUUAGCAGUUUUGUCUGUACAGCAUCAAACCAUACAUAUUUUUCAAAUCCUUGAUGGGAUGUUCAUUAAUGUAAGGACAAUAGGAAGGUUUUGCAUGGAAGAUGACGCGUAUUUAGUGACAAGUGCUUUUCCUGGGACUAAUUGUCGGCCAUUUAAGGAUGUUGCAAUAAAUAGUCUGAAACACAGAUUACUGGUAUACUUGUACAAAAGAGCGGAAUAUAUAAGCUAUGUAACGAACGAUCCUUAUGAACUAAGGAGAUUUUAUCAAUAUUUCGAUCAGCUAAAUUCACUACGAAUGUGGAAGAUGCAGCUGUUAGAUACGAAUCAUAUCUUGGUGAGGUACGCGAGCGAAGAAGUGGCGACGUUGCAAGCAAACGAACCAAACGCGCAGCCGGCUUUGUUAGUGGUUUACGACAUGGUUAUGGCAAAAAUUUUGGCGGCUUACGAUAACGCGUCGACUCAAUUGUUAACCCAAUUCGAAAACUUUAGCGACUUCUUCAGAAAUGCCAGAAUGAGCACGGAUUGUCAGUACAUGUGUUCGCCUUCUAAUAACAUAUAUGCCAGAUUGUUGCAGCAGAGAUUCAAACAAACGAUAAUAAGCGCUAGAUACGGAGGCGUUACCGAAGCCACGAAGAGGCUGCUCGCUCAGUUACCAAUAUGCGCGCAAUCCUACUCGAGUUCUCCGUACUUAGAUCUAUCGUUAUUUUGUUACGAUGACAAAUGGGUGUCCAUGAUGGAACGUCCCAAAGCGUGCGGGGAACAUCCAAUACGCUUCUAUGCACGCGAUUCGGGUCUCUUAAAAUUCAGGAUGUACGCCGGCAUGCUGGGACGAACAGCACCAACGGUUGCGAGACGAUUAGUCGCAUUCACGUUCCACCCAACGGACCCAUUCGCAAUUUCGGUGCAACGUACUAAUGCAGAAUAUAUUGUCAGUUUUCAUGUUAGGCACGUCUAGGUCUUCCCUUUCUCAAUAUAUGUUUUACUAACGUACAAACGGAUUUCUUACGACGUUUCGCAAGAAUUGUUAAGAUCGCUGCCGCUAAAGUACAAAACGGAGUUUACUUUUCGACUAAAACUAUGUUACAGCGCGAUCAUGCAGAGUUAAAUAGAUUCAAAGACUAUCACGACUAUAUAUUAGUAUAUAAGAAUGUGAGAAAUGACGAUGAAAUGUAGUUUAAUAUACUUUUAAUACAAUUAAAAAUCAAGAAGUGAGAUUCUUAAAAAAAAAUGCAAGACAUCUGAGUUGUAGCAUUACUAUUGUAAUUGCAGUGUCGCCCAUGAAGGAAAAUUUUAGUUUGUCCUUGUGUGAAAUAUGAGUUUCCGAAGAGAAUUGCCAUUCAUUUCA